AUGCCAGAAACCAAGACUUCUCAAAGCCUCCUGCGCAACACCAUCAACUUCCCAUCAUUCAGCGACCUUCCGCAUGAGAAUGGUAUUGAUCUCACCUACUACGCCCAGGGUCGAUACAGCUUUUCACCCAGACAGCACUGGUGCUUCUUAGGCGAGAUUGUAGGCUCUUACGGUCUCGGUCGAGUCCUGUUACGUGCAAAGGACAAGGAUGGUCAGGUCGUUACUAUCGGUCUGUACACCGACGACCGCGGACAAGCGCUUGUUCCGCAAAUCAAGGAAGGGUACACGGUUGCUGUGCUGUAUGGCGAGCAACAUGGUUUCCUCGACAUGACCGUUGGGAUACGCGUCGAAGAAGCCUCUAUUAUAAGGAUUAUACCAUGCUCGCUUGAGCAGCUGCUGAAGGCAAGCGAUGAUGUGGCUGCACGCAGCUUGAAUAGCCAAUCAAGAUGUUGUGGGUCUUGUGGUAAAAAGGAGGAUACCUUUGAUAAUACGCACUUGCGCUUGUGCUCUCGCUGCAAACAAGCGUCAUAUUGUGGAGGGGUUUGUCAGAAGAAAGCCUGGGUAGACGGUCACAAGACUGACUGCAAGGCACUGGUUUGGGCACAGUGGUUCGUGGCAAAAAACUGGGGAGUGUUCAAUGGAUAUUUCAAUUUCUGA